AUGGUUUAUUUCGAGUACCGUGACAAAGAUAUAUUGUUGCUGAAACGACUACGGCUCGAUGGACUACUUGAUGCAGAUGACACACGCGAUAUGGGGGAUACAACGCAGGACACCACGGAGGAUGGACGUCAUACGAGGAAAACAGAAUCUGUAGGAGACACGGAAUCAGCGACUACAGAGAGUGCAGCUCUUUUUCAUCGGAACGAAACUGGUGACAUGAGUGGACAGGAUGUCAAUCAAGAAAUAAACUGUACCGCAGAACCAGCGCCGCCACACAGUCUGCCACUUGUUGCUCUCGCCAGUGCGCCCUCAUCAGGCAAUACGUGGGUGAGACACUUACUGGAACAAGCGACGGGAAUUUCCACAGGGUCGUAUUAUAAUGAUGCAAGAUUGGCACGUGGAGGUUUCUUGGGGGAAACACUGAAAUGGAAUUCGGGCAGGACACUCGUCAUCAAAACACACAAAUCUCUCAAACAAAGUUCGGCCGCCAUCAUAUUACUGCGCAAUCCAUUUGACAGAAUCAUCAGCGAGUACAACAGAAGGACACAGGGUCAUGUUGGGGUGGCUAACUGGGGAGCAGAUAUGCAGAACAAUCAAGAAUGGCGUGAAACUGUUAAAGCUCUAACAGGCCAGUGGAUCCAUUUCAUCAAAUUAUGGCUGAACACAUUCGACAAACCAAUAAUGAUGUCACGAUAUGAAGACGUGGUCAACGAUCCUGUCGGAGAAGUUACCCGGAUGUUAGAUUUCCUGCACAUUCCCCCAACCAAUCGGCGCUUACUUUGUAUAACGCGGAAUCUGGAGGGCGCCUUCCAUCGCAAGAAUGACGUAGACAAGACUUUGCAGUAUGCAGCUUUCACACCGGAUAUGCGCAGGAAUAUCACUUCUGUUAUAGAUCAGGUGUCUGUACUAUUGGAGGAAAGUGGUUUCAAACCACCAUAUCAUAUUGAGGAGUUGGAAAUAAGAAACUGA